AUGUCAUUAGUAAUUCCUAAAAUAUUGCAUUUAUUACUAUUGUUACUUUUUUUUAAAAUACAAAUUCAAUGUGAUAUAGAUAAUUUAAAUUUUCCUGAAUGUGAUGUUUCAAUUGAUUCUUCAAUUUGUAUUAAUAAUGGGCAAAAAAUUUUAAUACCUGAAUCAAAGCCAUAUGGAAUAUCUGUACAUAUCAACUUUGAUAGCAUAAGUCCAGUAGAUACAAGCGGAAACAGAAAUCAUGCUAUUGGAAAUUUUUUUGCUUCAGCAGGAUUUGGUGGUAUAGGAAAUUCUUCCCUGUUUAGAAAAAAUUAUAUUUACAUAUCUCAUUCUGAUGAAUAUUUCAGAAGCGUUGAUUUUUCUUAUACAUUUUUUAUAUAUCUAUUAGAAGAUGAAAUUUCAUUAAAAAAUAAUAUGGAUGAAAAAUUUUGCCCGAUAAUACACAAGGGUAUUAUAAAAGAUAAGAUACAGGAAUCUUCUCCUGCUAUAUUAAUAAAUGCAAAAAAUGGAAGAAUAAAAAUUGUUUUGAGUACUUCUUCUAGCACAAAUUCUGCUGGAGAAGAAUUUUUGAGUAAUUUUAAAUUAAGACAUCAUCAAUGGUAUCAUAUUGCUGUUGUUAGACAUAUAAAUCAUGUGAGACUUUUUGUUGACGGAAUUCUUGAUUCUAGUUUUUUGACUGAAGGAAUAACAAAAACAAAUGAUUUUCCUAUAUAUAUAGGAGGUACUCCAUAUUCAGUAGAUGUAUGCGAUUUUCCAUUUUUACUUGACGAAUUAAAAAUUUAUAAUUUAAGCAUAGGCGUAGAUCAAAUUCAAAGUGAAGCUUCAGCAACACUGAACGGAUUAGAACCAUCUUUUAUUUAUUUUGGAUGUUUUCAUUGUGAUAUAGAUAGUGCUAUUUUAUCGUGCCCUAAUAACUAUCACUUAUGCAAUAAAAUUGAACUUUAUAUUGGUGUUUACAAUGUCAUGAGAAAAUUUUCUUUGAACAUAAAUAAUAUUUUAUUACCUUUUUCAUCAGAAAAUAAUGUAGGAAUAGGAAUUUGUUGCGCAGAUAUAUAA